GACUCAUCCGGUCAAGGAGUCUACCAGGUUUGGGACGCAUUCGUGCAACCUUCAAGUCUCCUUUUGUUCUAGUCCGUAGUGUGUGGUUUGUUGGCUGGCUUCAGCUUUGAUUGUCAUACCGCUUGUCUCGCUUUCCUCGUCGUCCCCGUCCCGAAAGUCAUGGCUGUGCCUCGCAUUAACGUAUAUCUGGACGUUGUCAGUCCAUUUGGCUACAUUGCCUUCAGCGUACUGAAAAACUCGCCCGUCUUUGCCAAAUGCAAUAUCACUUAUGUCCCCAUCUUUCUGGGUGGUCUCAUGCAUGCGUGCCAGAACACUGCCCCUAUAAAUAUUACGAAUAAGAAUACUUGGAUCGACAAGGAACGCACUCGGUGGGCUCGUUACUUCUCUGUUCCGAUAGUCCAGACGACCCCUGAAGGAUUUCCCCCACGGACUUUGGCCACCCAACGUGCUCUCUGUGCGAUUUCUCAGAAGUCUCCAGAUAAGCUUGUAUCGGCAUUCGAAGCGCUCUAUCGCUCGUUCUGGGUGGAGGGGAAUCCUAACAUUGCCCAGCCUGAAUGCUUCGGUCCAGUGCUUGAAAGGGUGCUCGGAAAGAGCGAAACACAGACGAUCAUGGAAGCCAUGAAUCAUGCAGAGAUCAAGGCAAUCUUGACUGCAAACACCAACCGAGCGUUCAACAUUGGCGCAUUUGGCAUACCGUGGUUCGAGUGCACAAACACCAAGGGUGAAACCGAGGGUUUCUGGGGAGUUGAUCAUCUGGGACAAGUCGCCGACUUUUUGGGAUUGGACAUUAAGCUGGACAGGGGCUUUCGAGCUGUUUUGUGAGCGUGCGACAUUUACAACAAUUCAAUUACCCAUCUUUUGUUCGAGCAAGCCUUUACAGAGUUAUUUUCGGCAUCAUAAAUAUCAAAGCUACUAACCCAUAG